UUUAUCCGAAAAAUUGCAUCCACCCCAUCGGCGCAAGUCCCAAGUCCAUCUGCAUAGCAAUAGCAGCACCCUUUUCUUGGACACAGCUCAAUUCCAGGUCGCAUACCUUCAGCCACCACCAAAAAUGUGCGGUUCAGCAGUCUGUCGGUCGUCCAAGAUGGCGAGCUCGUCGCUUCUGUCGUCGAUGCGCUCUCUGUCGCUUUCAGCCGCCCCCAAGCCCGCAAUGGCCCGAUCGACCGUCUUCCGCAGCAUCACCAAGCAGCAACCGGUCCGAUCGAUAUCACAAGCCAUCACGCCGGCUACCACCAGACCGAAGAUGGCAAUUGCCACCAUGGCCGCGAAGGCUCUCCAGCCCAAGGUGCAGCAGCAGACGCGGGGCAUGAAGGUGCACAGUUCGGUCAAGAGAAGAUGCGAGCAUUGCAAGGUCGUGCGAAGAAAGGCGAACAAGCGACACCGAGGAUACAUCUACAUCAUCUGCAGCGCGAAUCCAAGACACAAGCAACGACAAGGAUAAGAUGCUCGUUCACGGCGUGAGCGGCGUUACAAAAUGUACGAUUCCUAAGACAUUGAGGGCACGAGAGAAGGGAGGAGAGGCCUCCGGAAAUGUGUAUGCCCCCGCACGUGUACAAUAAACCAUGGAUUCAUACGGGAAACUCGCGCAGAAAGAAACAUCUGUAGACUCGGAGGGUGCAAUAGAGCGGAUCAUUUGGCAGGGUGCAAACUCUCAGAUAAGUGUUGGAGCGUGAAGGAAGUGUGAUUUUGGAAAGGCUACA